UGUUUUGUCUGUACGGAAUAAUAACGCCUCCUCCUUCUUCUUCUUCUUCGCUUUCUCUCGUUUUCUCAAGCCAUGGCUGCCAUUGUUCCUUCUCAGCUCUCAUUUCAACAACCCAAAACUUUAUUCUCUUCCAAAACCCUUCAAAUCCCUUCUCCAGCUUUCCUCCCAACACCCUCCUCCCCCUCCUCCGAACGUCGUUUUGGGGUCAAGUUAGGAAAUGGGUUUGCACAGAAAUCUUCAAUGGCUGUCGCGGAAUCGAACACCAGGUCUACGGUUUCGGACAAGAAAAUCAAAAGUCCCAUAAUUGUGAUCGACAAUUAUGACAGCUUCACCUACAACCUCUGUCAGUAUAUGGGAGAGUUGGGCAGUCAUUUUGAAGUUUAUCGGAAUGAUGAACUAACUGUGGAAGAACUAAAGCGGAAAAAUCCGAGAGGAGUGCUUAUCUCUCCAGGGCCAGGUGCACCAAAAGAUUCAGGGAUAUCAUUGCAAACUGUUUUGGAGCUUGGGCCAAUUGUACCAUUGUUUGGUGUAUGCAUGGGUUUGCAGUGCAUUGGGGAGGCUUUUGGAGGUCAGGUUGUAAGAUCUCCUUAUGGCGUCAUGCAUGGAAAAAGUUCUCUUGUGUACUAUGAUGAGAAAGGAGAGGAAGGGUUGUUCUCUGGAUUAUCCAACCCUUUCACUGCUGGUAGAUACCACAGCCUUGUGAUUGACCAGGACAGUUUUCCCCAUGAACAACUUGAGGUUACAGCAUGGACAGAGGAUGGGCUCAUAAUGGCUGCUCGCCACAAAACAUAUCACCAUUUGCAGGGAGUUCAGUUCCAUCCUGAAAGUAUAAUUACUACAGAAGGCAAGGGAAUUGUGCACAAUUUUAUCAAAAUGAUUGAGAGAAGAGAGGCAGAAACAGAGAAUUAGAUCAUGGUUGGUCUGCAUUCAAAUCAACACAGUGCUUUUUUCCUUCUUUAUAAGCACUCUUUUAGGGAUGUGAUGAGUAUGCAGUGAACUACAACGAAGCUGGUACACUAGUCAGUUGCUUUAGUUGCUUUAUGAGUUUGUAUUAAAAAAAUCGAACUCAUAUAUAAAAUAAAACUCUUUUUUGACAA